AUCCGUAGUGGCAAUCGGUAACGAAAUGUCUCGAUGGGUUGGACAUCCCUCAAAGCUUCACCAAAUCCAUUAAUUGGGCGCCGACUCGUGAAAACACAACCCGCGCCAUGGUACUGCUCACAAUAACGCCUCAGAUAUCCGAUGCGAUAAAAGCCUGGAAAGCGGCACAACCCGACGACCCCCUGCGAUCUGAGGAUGGAGAACCCAACCUGAAUGGCGCCGAAGUGGGAAAGUCUAUCACGCACGCCCAGGUCAUCGACCUACGCAACAAGUUGAAGACAAAAGGGAACAUGGAUUACACAUUGGAGAAGCUCCUGGUCGGAUCUCGAGUCUACUUGCCGCCCCCGCCACCCAAGCCCGAACCUCCAUCUUACCUCAAGUCGGACGAAUACAAGGCCUUGAUGGCACGACUUCGAAGAGAAGAAGAGGAACGCGCAUACGAGCGCAUGAUCAACCCGCCAGCUCCAACCGAGACCUUUAGCCAGCAGUUUCCAAGCGCCCGGUCUUUCGCCGCCGUCAAUCAACCCCACAGCAAAGCGGAUUUGGGGGACGAUUCCGAAGAUGUGACCUACAACGACGUACACAGGCAGCUCAUGCUCCUACUCAACUUCCUCGUCAGCAUCAUAGGCGUUGGGGCGACGCUGUGGGUGCUGGCGCGCUGGUGGAGCACACCUGCGCGGUUGUUCCUCACCAUGGGCGGGAGCUUGGUCGUGGGUGUCGCCGAGGUCGGCGUGUAUUACUUUUACAUAUGGCACCUAACAGAUGCGAGCAAAAAGGACAAGAAGUUCAAGGAGCAAAAAGAGGUAGUCCAAACGUGGGUUGUUGAAGGUCAGAGCGCCACUGAACCCAUUACAGUUGGUGAUCGUAAAGGACUGGUUGAUCCUUUAUCGGAAGAUUUCGGAGGGGCACGGCGGAGGAAGAAAAGUCCCACAAGACAGAAAGCAUGA